AUGUCGCCAAUCGAUUCUGAAGCGCUUGUCCAAUUCCUCAUCGCUCAAACAAGGAGUAAUAUCUCCUUUCUGAUUUCUCAGCACCAAAUAUCGCCCGUCGCUGGUCGAGAAAUCCUCGAUAGACUGCCAAAUGCUGGUACUAGUAUUCCUGACCCUAUAAUGGCGCUUUCACAGCAAGCUUCUAAUAUACGGAUUUCUGGACCAAGUACUCCGCCUCCAACUUCUUAUGGUUCUCGGGAUUACAACUCACCCACUCCUCUUGGAACGGUAAAAGCGAAAGCGUUGUGGGGAUAUAAUGAGACUGGAGAGGAUCCUCAAGAUCUAUCAUUCCAAUCUGGAGACAUCAUCGAAAUUGUCCAGGAAACAAAUAACGAUUGGUGGACAGGGAGGUAUCGUGGCCGUGAGGGCCUGUUUCCCUCUAACUACGUUGAGAAACUUCCUCCUUCAUCGCCUUUGUCACGUCCUCCGCCUCCGCCAGCAGCUCGCAGCAAUUCUUCAUACACCUCGAACCCGAACUAUAACGAUGGUCAUUACUCAGAUUUCAGGCCCCUUGGGUCACCUGCUGCACCUAACCCGACCUAUCCGGCCUAUCCACCACCAGGAGGCCCCCCUCCUCCUCCAGCUCCAGGUGGGUACGGUCCUCCUCCCCCAUCAGGAUACUAUCAAUCGUCGCCUUCACAACCUCCACCUCAAGGAUACAAUUCAUAUUCGUAUGCGCCUCCGCCUCCUGGUCCAGUUAUCGUCUCGGCUUCAGCGCCUCCAGCUCCGGUGGACCAGCCGAAAAAAAAUAGGUUUGGCGGGAUGGGAAAUACAUUGGCCACAGCUGCCGUUGGAGGUCUUGGGUUUGGUGCUGGGUCGGCGAUUGGUGCCGAUGUGGUAAAUUCGAUCUUUUGA